AUGGCAACACGCAGGUUCAGUUACAGGCGCGUAAGUAUAUGGAACUGGGCACUCGUUGCGGUUUUGGUGCACGUGUGCUGCUGUCUGUUCGGUCGAGCAGUGUUGGUCGGUGCGAAAGACGCCAGCAGCGGUGGCGGUAAAAUCGAGGGUCCUGUAAUCGGCAUAGACUUGGGCACAACCUACAGCUGUGUCGGUGUUUUUAAAAACGGCAAAGUCGAAAUAAUAGCAAACGAGCAAGGGAACAGGAUUACGCCGUCGUAUGUCGCCUUUACGGACAAGGAGCGACUCAUUGGCGACGCUGCAAAGAACCAGCUGGCACUGAACCCGGAGCGGACGAUUUUCGACGUGAAACGACUCAUCGGAAGGCGUUUCGAUGAAGAGACUGUCCAGAAAGAUAUAAAGUUAUUGCCGUACAAAGUCGUGAACAAGGACGGCAAACCUUACAUUCGGGUAGAAGUGCGCGAUGGGGAAGUGAAGACGUUCUCGCCCGAAGAGAUAAGUGCAAUGAUCCUAGGCAAAAUGAAGAAAAUUGCUGAAGACUAUUUAGGUAAGCCUGUGAAGAACGCGGUCGUCACCGUGCCGGCAUAUUUCAAUGACGCACAGCGGCAGGCUACGAAGGAUGCAGGCACCAUCGCCGGCCUGACGGUUCAGCGCAUCAUCAAUGAGCCGACCGCUGCCGCCAUUGCAUACGGGCUCGACAAGGGCGGCUCUGAGAAGAACAUUCUUGUUUUCGACCUAGGUGGUGGUACCUUUGACGUGACGCUACUUACCCUCGAUGACGGUGUCUUUGAAGUGCUCGCGACGAACGGCGAUACCCACUUAGGAGGCGAAGAUUUUGACCAGCGGGUGAUGGAUUAUUUGGUGAAACAAUUCAAGAAGAAGAACGAUGGCUUGGACUUGCGGACCGAUAAACGUGCGAUGGCUAAGCUUCGGCGCGAAGUGGAAAAGGCGAAGCGAGCGCUCAGUUACCAGACGCAGGUGCGGAUCGAGAUUGAAUCCAUCAUGGAUGGGAAGGAUCUCAUCGAGGAGCUGACACGAGCUCGCUUCGAAAACCUGAACAUGGAUCUGUUUCGCAAGACGCUCAAGCCAGUGGAGAUCGUCCUCAAAGAUGCCAAGAAGGAGAAGAAGGAUAUCGACGAGAUCGUUUUGGUUGGUGGCUCCACGCGCAUUCCCAAGAUACAGGAACUCAUUACGGAGUUCUUCGACGGGAAGCAGCCCUCGAAAGGCAUCAAUCCUGACGAGGCUGUCGCGUACGGCGCGGCGGUGCAAGGCGCGAUCUUAUCUGGCGAGGGUGGGGAAACCACCAAAGACAUCCUGCUUCUAGACGUGACGCCCUUGUCGCUUGGCAUUGAGACCGUUGGUGGUGUCAUGACCAAAAUCAUUAACCGCGGAACCACCAUCCCAACGAAGAAGAGUCAGAUAUUUACGACCCAUGUGGACCGGCAGAGUUCCGUGCUCAUUCAAGUGUACGAGGGCGAGCGCGUUGCAACCAAGGACAACCAUCUGCUGGGUAAGUUUGAACUGACGGGCAUUCCGCCUGCUCCGCGCGGUGUUCCACAAAUAGAAGUCACGUUUGAGAUCGACGCAAACGGCAUUCUCCAGGUCAGUGCAGAGGAGAAGACGGCAGGCAAACGCGAGAAGAUCACCAUUCGAAACGACAAAGGACGCCUCAAGGACGAAGAAAUCCAGCGAAUGGUUCGUGAGGCAGAGGAGUACGCCGAGGUCGAUGCCAAGCUCAAACGCAAGGUGGACGCCAAAAAUAACUUUGAAAACUACAUCUACCAGGUGCGUCAGAUGUACGAGGACAAGGACAAAAAGACCAAACUCAGCACAGACGAUAUAGACAAGCUCAAAGACAGUGUUGAGAGCGCUCAGGACUGGCUGGACGAGCACGGUGAAGCCUCGGAUGCGGCCGCCAUCGAGGAACGGAUGAAGGCCUUCCAAGACGUUGUUCAGCCGAUUAUUCUGAAGACCUACGAGUCCGCAAAGGGAACCGGCAAGGACUCGUCAGCAGACUCGUCGGCAGAUGAUGAUCGGGAUAGCGAGGAACACGACGAACUGUAA